UUCUCCCAUGAAGUGGCUGGUGUAGUCAAUCUAUUAGUUAGCAGCCAAGCACUUAACCACUCACUGGGCCACUAGGGCUCCUUCAGAAUGAGUUACACAGAAGAGUUAUACUGUUAUUGUUGAAGAUACUUAAAAAAAAAAAAAAAUUUAAAUUUCCUACUGUAAUAGUUUUGAACUCUCAAAUAUAGUAAUGGUAAUGCUCCAAGAUUUUCUUCCGGCAAUUUAAAAAAAUGGUGUUAAUUGGUUUCUUGUUGGAUUCAUCUAAUUUGUUAUCAGACAUUGGCAUAGUAGUUCAGUUUGUCAGUUCUGUAGUUAGUUAGUUUUGGAAUGCAGUGUGAAUGGAUGGUUUCCAGUCAGAUCUUGUAGUUGCUUAAGAGUUUUCCUGUCCUUAAUUUGUUUUGUUUUUUUUCUGGUGCUUUUUGUUACUGUUUCAGUUUAAUCAUGAGCUGUACAUCUGCUUCUCUAUCUUUAUUAUCACUGAUAACCUGACUUAAUAGCUUCACUUCCCUCAGCUGAUAGAUGAUGUCUCUUCCUAUGAGGAUAAGACUGGUAUCAGUCCAUGGAACAGGAUCAAAUUGGGAAAACUUGACAUUGUACUCUCUUAGGAAAAAUAUCUUUCAUGUUCAUUUUUAACUAAAACUUAGAUUGCUAAUUGCUGUGCUAUUUAAGUCAACCUUAAAAGAUCUUCAGAUGUAUAACUUGAUGGGAGUAUUGGAGUUCAUUUGUUGGAAUCAAGUGAAGCUUCUGAUUUGGGUGAUUAAAUACGAUUCUCAUCCUUUUUGGUGGCUACUUAGUAAAUAUGUGUAGUCUCUUGCUAAAACAUAGCUUAAAAACAGUUUAUAUUCAUUGAUUGCAUUUUAGUUGAGAUGCAUUUAUAAAAUUAUUGCUAUAUCAGCCAGGUUGAAAAAUAAACUGUGUUGGACUUGAUUUCUUCUGGGAGAUAGAUUGUUGUAGCCACAUGAGGAUGGGUUUUAGAAUUGGACAGAUGGAAGACUGAAUAUAUCCCACCACUUUUAGUCUCAGAUGUGUGAUGUUGUGUAGGCUACUUAAAUCUCUCUCUGCCUCAGUCUCCUCACCUGUAAGAGGAGACAACCAGUCUUAAUGAAUGGUAGAACAGGAUGAAAUAAAAUAAUGUAAACUGCUUAGCAUGGUACUUGGUAUACUGUCAAUAAAUGUUAGCUUCAGCACAUUGCCAUCCCCCAGUGAUAUUCUCAGAUUGUGGUAGAAAGUAUGCUGAAAUUUCAGCUAGAAAAUCUAGAUUUGCAUCCUAAUUCUUUUCUUUUACUGUAUGUGUUUUCUUAGGUCAGCCAUGACCAUGGAGUAUAGAGUCUGUUUUCUCAUCUGUAAAGUAGGGUUCUGAAAAUUAAAUGAGUGAUGAGUACAUGCUUCAACCGUAGGCUUUAGAUAAACUGAUGAAAGGAAAUAGUGAAAGCCAAGAUUGAAAAUGUAGGCUGGAGUUUUUGCUUUUAUUCUUUAUCAUCUAAUGUAUUUCUAUCUUGCUUCAUUUCUCAGUGCUUAACAUUCUUUCUGUGAAGGGUAGAGGUGUGCUUCAAGAACAUCAACCUGAUAGUUGUAUGAAGGUUAGGUUUGUUUGGAGGAGCAGAGAGUAGGAAGCUAUGUGGAUAUCCUUCCAGAAGGUGGUGUACAUAUAUAGAGCCAUUAGUGAUUUGAAGCAGGAAUGGGGAGGGGGCAGGGUGUUGCACUAACAUGGUCAAAUGAUCAGUUUAGAAAGAUGACUGUGGCUGCAGGGAUUUUAUUGGUCCAGUUCCGUUGUUUCUGUUCUUCGUUUCUUUCCUUCUACUCUGGUAGAAUUCUUUCUUAGAUGCAGUUCUGCCACUAUUAUCAGCGUUCUGAAGAGUGACCUAUAUUUUGUACUCUGUGUUCCCCAUUGUUGUUAGUUGCCAUUGAAUUGAUUCUGACUCAUGGUGACCGCUUGUGUUGCAGAGUAGAACUGCUCUCUAGGGUUUUCUUGGUUGUAAUCUUAAUGGAAGCAGCUCGCCAGUCCUCUCUUCUACGGUACCGCUGGAUGAGUUUGAACCACCAGCCUUUAGGUUAGCAAUCAAGCGCAAGCCAUUUGCACCUCCUAGGGACUUUGGAUUCCACAUAAGCUAUAAUAAAUCCACAUCUCAGAAGUAUAUUUUCUCACAGUGGACUUGAAAGUUUUCAUCAGUUGAGUCUAUCCUUUGAAACAGGAAAUAGUUUCCACUUUCCUCUCAGCACAUGCUCUUUAGCCCUAACUGGGAAACUUCCGUUCCCUGUCUGUUGGCCUUUACAUGAGCCGUUCCCUGUACAUGGAAUAUAACUGAACUUUCCCAUCUGCUUUCUUUUCUUGAAAGUCCUUUUUAUGACUGACUUUUAUUAAAAAUUUUCCAAUCACUCAUUCUAAAAUACUUUUAAUUGGUUUAUAAUAGUAAAUGUGUGUGUAUUUAUUGGUAAGUUAUCAAUUUGUUUUGCUUUUUUUGUGUAGCUUGAAUAUUCUUUCUCGUAAUUGCAUACUACCAAACUUGAAACAAAAGCAGGGUGAAUUCUUAGUAGAUUUUAAAUGUGAUAUAUGUGUGUGUAUACCUAAUGUAUCAUUUUAAUAAUGAAAUUUUUUUAUGUUUGUAUGUAAGAAAGGUGAAGUAAGGUGAGAAGGGAAAAAGGACAGAUAGAUACCUGGCAAGGUGAUCACAGAGAGGCAGUAAAACUUGGUUGUUAUUAAUUGAAGUAAACUUUAGCAACUGAAGCUCUUUUCAGUUUAAUGGCUUUCCUGGAAUUAAAAUGAUUUAGUAAUAUUAAUACCAGGAGGAGCAUUGUUUGAAGGAGCUCCUGCCCUAAUUCCCUUUUAUACAGGUGUAUUAGUGACCUCCAGCUCUCAUUUAACACAGAGUAGGACAGACAGUUGGUCAUUUGGAUACUGACCUGAUAUGUACCAAAUGUUCAGACCUUUUUUAACUUGUUUUCAUUCCUUGAGAAGAAUGCUGAAGAAACAAUUGGGGCAGAGAGAUUUGUGAGGUUUCUAAAGUAAGAUCUUCAUAAAGCAAGGGCUGUCACUGACCAUUAAGCGUGUACUUCAUCCCAUUUGUACAAGAGUUCACAUAGAAAAUGACUGUGUUGCAUAGUAGUAGCCUCAGCUUCUUUGUUUUUUUUUGGUCAUGGCAGCAGUUAACACAGCACACUAGUAGUUUAACAUACUACCACUUAAGUCCUAUUUUUUGUUUUUGUUUUUUAAGUUAUUGAAAUUAUGAGACUGUCAUUCAAAUGGAAGCAUUAUAGUUCUUCGGAGCCAUUAUGAUCUCAAAAGGAAAGGAGAAUGAUACAGAUACACUGGCUGAGGUGUUUUGAGGUGCAUCGAAGUGUUCCAAACUGUGGCUUACCUUAACAUGUUCUUGAAGUACCAUGGCAUGGAUUAAAAGGAAAUUUGGUGAGCGGCCUCAACCUAAACGACUCACUAGGGAAGCUAUGCGAAAUUAUUUAAAAGAGCGAGGGGAUCAAACAGUGCUUAUUCUUCAUGCGAAAGUUGCACAGAAGUCAUAUGGAAAUGAAAAAAGGUUUUUUUGCCCUCCUCCUUGUGUGUAUCUUAUGGGCAGUGGAUGGAAGAAAAAAAAAGAACAAAUGGAACGCGAUGGUUGUUCAGAACAAGAGUCUCAACCAUGUGCAUUUAUUGGAAUAGGAAACAGUGACCAAGAAAUGCAGCAGCUGAACUUGGAAGGAAAGAACUAUUGCACGGCCAAAACAUUGUACAUAUCUGAUUCAGACAAGAGAAAACAUUUCAUGUUGUCUGUAAAGAUGUUCUAUGGCAACAGUGAUGACAUUGGUGUGUUCCUCAGCAAGCGGAUAAAAGUCAUCUCCAAACCUUCCAAAAAGAAGCAGUCAUUGAAAAAUGCUGACUUGUGCAUUGCAUCAGGAACAAAGGUGGCUCUGUUUAAUCGACUUCGAUCCCAGACAGUUAGUACCAGAUACUUGCAUGUAGAAGGAGGUAAUUUCCAUGCCAGUUCACAGCAGUGGGGAGCAUUUUACAUUCAUCUCUUGGAUGAUGACGAAUCAGAAGGAGAAGAGUUUACAGUCCGCGAUGGCUACAUCCACUAUGGACAGACAGUCAAACUUGUGUGUUCUGUGACUGGCAUGGCACUCCCAAGAUUGAUAAUUAGGAAAGUUGACAAGCAGACUGCCUUAUUGGAUGCAGAUGAUCCUGUGUCACAACUCCAUAAAUGUGCAUUUUACCUUAAGGAUACAGAAAGAAUGUACUUGUGCCUUUCUCAAGAAAGAAUAAUCCAAUUUCAGGCCACUCCAUGCCCAAAAGAACCAAAUAAAGAGAUGAUCAAUGAUGGAGCUUCAUGGACAAUCAUUAGUACAGACAAGGCAGAGUAUACGUUUUACGAGGGGAUGGGCCCUGUCCUUGCCCCAGUCACACCUGUGCCUGUCGUAGAAAGUCUUCAGUUGAAUGGCGGUGGGGAUGUCGCCAUGCUUGAACUAACAGGACAAAAUUUCACUCCAAAUUUACGAGUGUGGUUUGGGGAUGUGGAAGCUGAAACUAUGUACAGAUGUGGAGAGAGUAUGCUCUGUGUUGUCCCAGACAUUUCUGCAUUCCGAGAAGGUUGGAGGUGGGUCCGGCAGCCAGUCCAAGUUCCAGUAACUUUGGUCCGUAAUGAUGGAAUCAUUUAUUCCACCAGCCUUACCUUUACCUACACACCAGAACCAGGGCCACGGCCACACUGCAGUGCAGCAGGAGCAAUACUUCGAGCCAAUUCAAGCCAAGUGCCCCCUAAUGAAUCAAACACAAACAGCGAGGGAAGUUACACAAAUGUCAGCACAAAUUCCACCAGUGUCACAUCGUCGACAGCAACAGUGGUGUCCUAACUACCGUCUUCUUUGCUAGGACUUAACCUGACUUGAGUGCUGCAAAAAGUUGACAAAAAAAAAAAAAAGGAAAGAGAAAAAGUGAACAAUCUUUUGUGGUUUCUUGGGAAAACUUUUCAUAUCAGGUGAUCCUGUUCAGAAACCCCGUUACCUGCAAAUGCUGAUUUGAAAUGCAGAAGCCACAGUAAAACAAAACCAUCAAAAUGUAAAAACUCUAUUGGAAAUUGAUUUUUUUCAGCUGUUUUUAUUUGGUUGGUUGGUUGGUUUUUGUUUGGUUUUGUUUGAAUGGGCAAGAAAUAGAAAUGUGGCUGGAAUAAAACUUAAGCAAACUAGAAGACACAAACCUAACAUAGUUUUUAUGGACCAAGGAACUUGUAUAAGCUUUAGUAAAAGGUACAUGUUCACCAUACCUUUUUUAUAUUACAGUAUAUAGUACACCUUUUGUUACCAAAUAGGUUGUUCCCCUGCGCCCACUUUGAGCUUUUGCUCUAAAGUACCUUCAGGUUCCAAGCCUGACCAUGCUUGUUUAAUCUAAUUACCAUACUCUUCCAGGUUUUUUUGGUCUAAGGCCAGAACCAUUUUUUGUUUUGUUUUGUUUUUUAAGCUGAAGUUAUGACUUUUCAUGAAUUGAAAUUGUUUAGAUUUCAGCAAGUCAAAUCUUGUAAAGGCCUGCAUAUUUUUUUUUAAGAUUAUAUGAAGUCUGUGCAAAAGCUUUAAAAAAUGCCUCUGCCUUGCCUGCAAUACAUGCAAUGUACGUUAACUUAGUCUCUAUUCUCAGACACUGUUGUUAGUUAUUUCUGUGUUUUCUUUUUUAUUUUAAAUGUAUUUAUGGUGGUAAUUCAAGAGGUUCUACCAUUUACAUGAAAUUAAAUGUGGCCAUUUAGUCAUUAAUGAGUCAGUGGCACAGAACCUGUUGGUAUUAGAAGGGUUCUCUCCCCUUUUCCCAUACAUAAAUGCAUCUGUGUUCCAGGAUUUGUUCAGGUUUUUUUUCUCUCUUAAUCUUGUACAUAACUUGUAUUAUGUGUAAGUUAAACAUUUUAUUUUGAACUUGGAAUCUUCCCAGUGAUUUCAUUCAGCAGGGUGUUUUCUGCCUUGUUGGCAUAUGGAAAAAUAUCAUGAGAAGUGUUUGCUACCAGUUGGGUAGAUGGUGCCCCUAUUGUAUAAUGAGGAAAAUCUCAGCAAAAGCAUGUUUUUAUUAUCUUUACCUUUUUUUUUUUUUUUUUGUAGCCUAGGCCAAAACAUCAUUAUACUCUUAAAACAUGCCUUUAUUACGUGUUAAACUGAAAUAGCUGGAAGACAGUACAGUACUUUAGAAACAGAGUUGUAAGAUUAUAAAAAUGCAAAUGUAACUUAUGUCUCCAUUUCUCUCCCCCUUUUUUUGUCUUCUCUCCCCAGUACUGAGCAUCUCCAAUCCUGUAUGUACUCUCAGUUCCCACAAAUGCCUCCCAUUUAGAAAAUGUUUCUUUUCCAUUCAGUUAAGAUUGGUUGCAUUCAGAUUUAUGUUGGCCUUGCAUGCCCAGCUUGCCAUUUUUACAUUGCUCGCAUUCUUGCACUUUGAUUAUGGCUUUGUUUGGUUUCUUAGAAAUUGCAGCAGACUUAUUGGACUACAUUUAGCACGAGAACCACGUGUGUAAUUUUGUAGGACACAGUCUAGUAAUACAAUCAUCCUUCUUAGAGUAAAAACUACCUCUAGAUUGUGGUAAGCUUUUACUGUCCCAUAAAACAGGAGCCACAAGUACCUUACGAGUGCAAAACCAUAAUUUCCUACAGUGUUUCCAUACAGAACGUUUGUCUUUCUGGUGUCCUGGGUUAUUUUGGUAAUGUUUCCAUCUGUAGACUUAAAAAAAGUCAUUAUCAGUGCAUCUUUCUCUUUAAUUUCAGCUUUGCUGUCUUCGUCAUUCACUAUUGUGUUCAGACUAUGCCACUGUAAUGCAAUUUCUAAUAUCUUUUAACUUCUUCCUCAGUUUUUAAGGUAGAGUUCAUUUGUGAAACAUGGUAGGUGGUUAAAUCAAAAUUAUUGUGGUUUUCUCUUACUGCAAGCCUUUUUAAGUACCCACCCAUAGGCUUCAGAAUACUAUUUAGCCUUCUGUUUUCAAAUCUGCUCUAGUCACUAGCUUCUCUCUUAUGAACUAAUUUUGCCUCACUCCUUAAAUCUGUUUCAGUGAACAAGGGCAGAACUCAUUGUGGCCUUAUCUUUGUUUUAACUGUUUACUGGCUUUUACUUGCAGACUUGCUUAUUUAUGAGUGGUAGUUAUUCUCUCUGUUAGUCAUAGAAGUAGUCAUUACACAGUGCUUUUGUUCAGAGUGUGGAAAUACUUUCAGUGCUGCUUUACUUUUAAUGGGCCACACAUUUCCUCCACUUCCUAGGUUUGGUAUUUAGUUGAGAAAUUAUAUUAAAUUAACCAAUAACAGAUGAGAUGCUUUUUAAGAACAAGCUAUUCCAUACCAAGCUUUGCAGCUCAGAAUAAUUUUUCAAGUUCAUGGCUUUAUGAAAAUGAACUUUUGUUUAAUGUUUAUAUCUUAUUUUUUUUAAUAAGAUAAUCUUGAAGUAUUAGACUGUAAAUCCUUUCCUGUUUUUUUUUUUUGAAA